ACCGCCUCCCUCCGUCAGCAGCAGCGGCAGCUCCCUGCUCGGCGGAAUAAACACGGCGAUGUUGACACUUACGACGUUCCCAGUGCAGCGGCACUAACAGUACGGCGGGGAAGGCAGCCGAAGGGACGGGGGACGGUUGUCGUUGAAGAAAAAGAUCAGUGACACACUGUUGUUUGAGUUCUCCGAUCGGGACAAACACCAGUUAUUUUAUUUUUUUGGACAAGUGGAGAAGUGGACCGCGCACACUGCGAUGCCUCUGCUGUUUUUGGAGAGGUUCCCUUGGCCCAGCCUGCAGACCUACACAGUGCUGAGUGUGGCUCUGCUCGCUGGAAGCAUCUUCAGCGCCUACAACACUGUGACUGAUCCAGGCUUUGGGGCCUUGGACACCGAUGAAACACCAGCUCCCGCCGAAGUGGAUCUUGAGCAUCUCAGCAAUGACAUUAGCAACACAGAACUGGCAACCACCGUCCUGUGGUAUCUUGCCACUGACAGUCUCUUUGUUUGGGUCUUAGUCAACACAUUUUGCUGCUCUCUGAUGUUAAUUGCGAAAACGAUUCAGUAUGUGAUGUUCGGCCCGCUGCGAGUCAGUGAGAAGCAGCACCUGAAAGACAAGUUCUGGAACUUCAUUUUCUACAAGUUCAUUUUCAUCUUUGGAGUGUUGAAUGUGCAGACAAUAGAGGAGGUGGUGAUGUGGUGUCUGUGGUUCUCUGGCCUGAUCUUUCUCCAUCUCAUGGUUCAGCUCUGCAAAGACAGAUUUGAAUAUCUGUCAUUCUCCCCCUCCACUCCCAUGAACAGCCACGUGCGAGUGCUUUGUCUGCUCGUCUCUCUUCUGUUGGACUGCUGUGGCCUGGCUGUGGUCUGUGGUCUGCUGGGAGCUUCACAUGGGAUGCACACCCUCUGCUUUAUGGCAGCAGAGUGUCUCCUGGUUACUGUACGUACUGGGCAUGUCAUCAUGCGAUACUCCAUUCAUCUGUGGGAUCUGAACCAUCCAGGCACUUGGGAGAGUAAGGGGACCUACGUCUACUACUCAGAUUUUAUCAUGGAGCUAGCAAUGUUGUUUCUGGACCUCAUGCACCACAUCCACAUGCUGCUUUUUGGUAACAUCUGGUUGUCCAUGGCAAGCUUGGUGAUCUUCAUGCAGCUGCGGUAUCUCUUCCAUGAGGUCCAGCGCCGUGUUCGCAGACACAAGAACUACCUCCGUGUCAUCAACAACAUGGAGGCCAGGUUUGCUGUUGCUACUGCGGAGGAGCUGGCAGCUAAUGAUGAUGAUUGUGCCAUCUGCUGGGAUACCAUGUUGACAGCACGCAAACUACCCUGCGGCCAUCUCUUCCACAACUCAUGUUUGCGCUCAUGGCUCGAGCAGGACACCUCAUGCCCAACUUGUCGGACGUCCCUGAAUAUUAAUGGCGACGGGAGCCAGGUGAGAGGCCAGCAGCAGGGCGGGGGUUUGGAAGACAACAUUGGCCCAGUAGGAGCCGCUCCAGAUGCCAGACCACAUAUCAACCAUCACAAUCACUUCUUCCAUUUUGAUGGAUCUCGCAUUGCCAGCUGGUUGCCCAGUUUCUCAGUGGAAGUGAUGCACACCACCAAUAUCUUGGGCAUUGCUCAGGCCAACAACUCCCAGCUCAUGGCCAUGGCCCAUCAGAUCCAGGAGAUGUUCCCUCAGGUGCCCUCCUACCUGGUCAUGCAGGACCUCCAGUUGACCCGCUCUGUGGAGGUCACCACCGACAACAUCCUGGAGGGACGCAUCCAGGUGCCUUUCCCAACACAGGCCAUAGAGCGUGCCCCUAUACAAGGGAGCCCUGGCUCAGAUGAGAAUGCAGGGUCCAGUGGAGCGACAGAGCAGGGUGUGGGUGAGCCUGACAACAUGGAGGUCAGAGGAGGUCGCUUCUCCAAGUCAGCAGAGGAGAGGCAGAAAAUGCUAAAGCAGAGGAAAGAGGAGCUGCUCCAGCAGGCACGCAGGAGAUACCUGAACAACAGUCCAGAGGAUCAGGAUGAGGACUUGCCCGGACUGGAGGAGGACAUUUUCCCAGAGUUGGACCCAACUGUCUUGCGACGUAGAGCCGUGGCAGCGGCUGCAGAGAGACGCAUGCAAAUCCAGCAAGACCCUUUACCCUGAUACAAAGACUGGCUUUAGCUUAAGAGAAAAAAGGCCACCACACCAUCAUCCCAAGAGGCACAAACCGAGCUUGUUCAAUCUGCCCCAUUUAUCGCACAAAACUAUCGUCAAAACUAAAAAAGCAUCUCAAACAUGGCCUUUUGGACUGCUCUUGACUGGCUAAACAAGGUGGGACUAUUGUGAAAAGCCUCAUCACGCAUCACUGAUUCAAGCCUGAGUAUUUUGGAGCGUUAUAUAAAUUGAUGGGGGUCAAGAAAUGCAAAGUUACAUUGCCCUUUAUUCUCGUGCCACACAUUGCAACCACCAGCUUCCACAGUCAGUGUCUGCUAUGAUUGAGACUGGCUGACAGAGACGAGCGUGCUGUGCAUCCAGGAGAUCGAAGUCUUCUACGAGAAGGUUUUGAAGGGGUCAAUAUAAAGAUAAAGCUACUGUUUGGGUCAUUUGUUUGUUUUCCAUUUUUAUCUGAUCCUCCCCCCGCAACACUCUUUUAUUUGUGGAAGGCUUCUGGUAUUCUGGAUGGUGAAACUCUGCUGACGUAUUUGUAUGUUAUUUUAUGAGUUUCAACUGUGAACUAUAUUUCUUGCCUCUGAGUAAGAGAAUGUCACUUUAGUUUUGUUCAGCCUUUCUGUCAAAUAUGAAUGUUUCUAUCAAAGUAAUGCUGCAAACAAAAGUGUUUUUGACCCACAUGGGUUGUUCUGUAUUUAGUGUGAGAUAUCACCCGUUGCAAACGUUAUCUCUUUUUUUUGCUGUCUAACAAGAGGCGGGAGCUGGCAUGUAAAUCUUUGUUUUCUAAUACUGGUCUCUUGAGAUGCAUAGAUAACAAAGUGGUUGUAUUACAUUUUGUACGAAUACAAUGCUUUUCCUCUUCUUAGUCUUUCUUAAAUUACCCACUGCUGUUUAGUUGUGAAAAUAUUCCUUUCAGUUGAGUAUGGGAUUGUUUUGGGGAUUGUUUUUUUAAUUUUAUUUUUUUUAAUUCAUGCCGAAAUAAUUAAGUCUGUGGCAGCUGGCUUUGCUGCUUAGUAUUUUGAAGACGUUUUGGUGCAAUUUCAAUUGUCUUGAUCAGUUCUAUAGGUGAAGCCUUAGUUCUUAUUCCAGUAAAAAUGGUGAAGCCUCUUGGAUGAGCAGCAAAACAAUUUCAAGAGUGUAUUUGAUUUAAUACUUUUAGAUCUAAUAUAUAUGUAUGAUGCGAUUGAAGAUUAUUCGCGAAGAAAUCAUGUUUGGGGUGUUCAUAAUUUGUGCUGCCUUUCUCUACUCACAUUGAGGAGUAACUGAAACACACUAGCAGGGAAUAAUCAUCCUCUGCUGAAAUUUGUAAUGACAAAAAUGUGCAUCCAUGUACAAUAUGGACUGGGCCCUUUGAAGCGUUUUGGGUUUUGGCAAUUUUCACGUGUCAACGGACACAAAGAUGGACACUGUGUAUUAUAAGUGUUUGAUUUCUGUGAUUACUGUGCGAAGGACGUUUGGGGUGAGAUGGUGCAUGAAUCCAGACAAGUGCUUUUGUUUCCUUCCACUUUAUCCCAAAGAGCAACCCACAAACUUCCACCAAGAGCUGAAGUGUUGUGAUUUUGUGUUUAGUUUUAUUUUUCUCAAACUCUGUUUGGGGCUGUUGUAACAAUUAUAGGAUUUAGAUUUCAGAUUUCAAUAAUUUAAAAUGUAAAAAAGGAAAGUUUUCAUUUUCAGUUUGUCAUCCAGUUACUUAAAAAUUCUAAUAUUUGUGAUAUAUUUUCCUACUUUUGGAUUAUCUUUCAAAACCAUUUCUUUAUCAAACUGAAAUGCUUCUUUUGGACUGAGCUUUCCUGUAUUUUUGUGCCUAAAUUAAGAAUGGUUCGGUUAUGGAUAAUUUCUGUAAAUCUAGUUUUUGUAAAAUAUGUUAAUACAAAAGACUCAAUAAAUGGAGCUUCUGGCUUUUUAACUAAAAGCGGUGACGAUUGAA